AUCAUAUUUACUCCUCCUCUUGGUUUAAUUUUCAAUUUCAUCAAUUCCACUGUUCUCUGCAGCUAAUUAAUUCCCAGUCCUUCAGGUCCGGCCAUGGAGCUCGUGGUAGCCGCCAUGGUCGACGAGCACGACAACAAGGAGAACUUCCCGCCAAGAUCUGCAGAAAAGUUCGUCCCCAAGCAGUCAAAAGACAAAUUCUUCAAGAAGAAGAAGAAGAAGAAGAAGAAUGGGAGGACGCCAUUGAGGGACAUAACUCACCUGUUCGUCAAUGCUCCGGCUGCGGGGCCCAUCUCCGAUUCUCAGUAUAAUCUUCGUCUUCUUCUUCCUCAUCCAGACGCAUCUUCGAAUGCCCGCUCGAAGAGAAACGCGAGCGAUGAAGAUGAGACUCGGAUCCAUCAUUCUCUGCGCCAGAAAUCCGCCAUGGUUUUGAGGAAGCAUUUCCGGUAGAUUAUUACAUCAGGAUUUGUGUCCCCCCGCGUCUUCCGAAUUCACAAUUUGUAGAUUUUUAGACUCAGAAUUUGGAUGAAAUUUAUGGUCGAAUUUGAGAGACUUUAUGAACUAUUUAAGUUAUGAUUUUAACUAGAUCAGAGUAAUUUUCAAGUACCCUGCCAGACAUGUUUGAGAAUAGCGUUUGAGAUUAGUUUAAAAUUUUGAAAACGCUAACAUUAAACGUUAUUCGUGGAU